ACAGAACCUAAAAAGAAAAAUUUACAAAUUAUUUAAAUAACUAAACUGUUUUUACCGCUUGUCGCUGGAACGUAAUAUUCGCUAUUAUGAUAUGCAGAAUAUUAAUUCAAAGAAUAGCUUGAUCAAAAAUACGGAUGCGACAGUUUUCUGUACGAAUGCACAAUGUCAAAUUAUCAACGAGGAACUAGUGAACUUACGUCAACAGGUGUCGGAUCUGAAAGAAACGGUUGUUUCUCUGGAGAAUACUAUACAAAUAAAGGACAUGCAACUGCAGAAUGUGCAACGAAGUAACGAACGCUUAUCUACAGAACUGAAGAAACAACAGAGAUGCGUGAGGAACAUCAAACAGCAGUUGGACGAUGAAAAGUUCUUCUAUCAAAGGGAAAAGGAUUAUUUCAACAGUGAAAUGCAACGACAGAAAGCACGAUGCGUGAGCGGUACCUCGAAAUUGCAACAACAACGAAGAGAAUUGGAGGAGACGCGAGAUUCUUUGGAAGAGGAAAACAAGUCACUCAGAGAGGAACUUAAUGAGAAAACUGAAACUACAUAUAAUUUGUGUAUCAAAUUUUUACGUAUGAAAUACGCUAAAGAUUCGUUGAGGCAAAAAUUUGAUCAGCUGUUGAAUGAACACCUGCAAGUAAUGGCAGACAUGAUGAAGAAGUUAGAUGAGGCUCGUGGAGAGCUGAAUAUUAUCGUCUCAGAGAAAUUUCAAGAGCCUCUGCCGCUUAGUAAAGCAAAAUUUUUGCAGGUGGUACAAAGAAACGCUCGAUUGGUUCAUGAAAAUGCGGUACUUAAGGUACAGAUACAGCAGUUAACUUUAAAUAUAGAAAAAUUAAAGAGCUACACACAGAAGCCGAAGUCAAUAAACAUUGAUGCAAAGAUUAUUACUAAAUUGGCCACGCAAAGUAGAAGAAAAUACUGUCAGGGAUCUACCAAAUGGCUGCCAAUUCAAUUGUUCGAAAACGAGACUGAAAGAACUGCAUUACUUAACAAGUUCUCGAAUCAUGAAAGUUCUGUCCAUUAUUCCGGAGACGCGAAAUUAAUAUCGAAAAUUCGAUCAAAUAAUUUUAAAAAAUACGUGGACACUAAUGUGCAAGAUAUUCAAACCAAAGAAACACGGAAAUUACAAAGAGAACGUGCAUUUAGCGCACCGGAAAUAUUACAUACAGAAGUCCAACCAAGCUCCCCUACGAUUGAUCAAACAGAGUCGUCGAUAGACUUCCGAGAUGCCUCCACGAACACAUAGUAGGAAAAGUUAAAAAUUUAAACUAUUUCUGUAUAAAUGUAAAUUGUUACGAAUCCUUAAGCGUUUUAUAUUUCUUAUUUUAUUAAAAUAUGUAUGUAUAUCAAUCAUAGAGCGCAUAAUGUAUUGUAUCGGUUGUAGCUUGUAUCGAAGUAAAGUAAAAUGUUUCCCAGACUCUCCCCCAGCGGGCGCGUUU